UUCUCACAGUCAGCCAAUCAGAGGCAACGUAUGGAGUCUCGGGGUUAGAGGAAGAAAAAUUAGAUUACAGUAGAGGUUUGUGUCAUGGAAAUAUCGCAUUUUUGUUGCUACGGUUGUUUUACAGUAGUCUCUUCAAGUUAUUGAGAUCGUAUAUGUAAAGCUCAGCUGUCGUUUUGCGUCUAACAUUAGCGUGUGCUUCUAUUCAUGGACAAAGAAAAGUCUGCCGACAUUCAUGUUCCGUGCUCCUGGAUGGAGAUGCAUCAGUUCAUUGGUGACCUUAUGACAUCUGGAAACUCUUCCAAGGAUCAGUCAGAUGUGCUAAAUGCAGCAUGGGGAAUGGGUGGUGUUGCACUGGGGUACAAAGGUGCUUCACCUGAGCCUCUGCAACACCGCCCUCCACCUGGUCAAGACAAGAGCCAGGCAGAGCCAGGCCGACACACCCAGUCUGGGACACAACAGAGGAAAGGAGAGGCCAGAGAUAGAAGAGAAGAUGUGCAUCAUGCCUGUGCCUGCCCAUGCUGCCCCUAUUCCACCUCCCCACCCUCCUUUGAGACUUUAAAACCGAGACAAUCGUUGUCCUCACAGUCAGGCUCAGGUGCGCCAUGUCGACCCAAAGAUCUCUCCAGUACUGCUCCAGUGAGCCUCAGCAUGUGCCUACCAGACACCACCGAACAACAUGGCACCACCUCAUCCGCGUUGGAGAGCAGGGCAUCCAGCCGGCUGCAGAUUGAGGAUCCAGCUGGACAGACUCCAAGCCAACCUGCAAAAUCAGGGAGUCAUCCAUCCCGAGCUUCAUCUGGCUCAUUAUCCAGUCUCUCCACAUUUCCCUGCUUGUGUUGCCACCGCAGCCUCCAGAUACUGAGCAGUCAGGACAGCUCAGACUCCCCAUUUUCUCACGCCCACGCCCAUCAUCAUCAUUUCCAUCACCACCAUUGCCCUUUAACGUCUUGUUUUUCCUGCCCUCAGCUUGCCCAAUCUCAUUCUUCACAGCUCCCUGGUCCCUUUCCCUGCUUUCCCUGUCAGUGCUCCUUUCCUACCUGUUCCCAGGUUGUCCACCAUCCGCACAGACAAGCACAGCAGCAAGAGGAGAGGGGUAGGAUGGCUGCGAACCCUCUGUCACUCCAUCCCUGUAUGCACUGCUCUGCCUCCUUCUCAAGACCGUCCCAGCUCCUGCAGCACCAGCGAUCCGAGCAUUCCCACAAACCAUCCGGCUUUCUCUGCACGGAGUGUGGCAGGGCCUUCAACUCGCACAGCAACCUCCGCAUCCACCUCAAUGUGCACACUGGAGCCCGGCCCUACACUUGCUCCGACUGCGGCAAGAGUUUUAGCCAGUCGGGGGCUCUGAAGAUCCACAGGCGGAUUCACACAGGAGAAAGGCCAUACUCUUGUGGAUUUUGUGGCAGGGGGUUCCCCCAUCUUGCAGGUGUCCGAGCCCACCAGAGGACCCAUACUGGAGAGAAGCCUUACCGCUGCAGCCACUGUGGGAAGUGUUUCACCCAGUCGGGAGCUCUCAAGAUCCAUACUCGAAUCCAUACAGGAGAGAGGCCCUUCAUCUGCAGCAUUUGUGGGAAAGGCUUCUCCAACCGUUCUGGAAUCCGCUUCCACUACCGCACAGUUCACGGGCUUACCUCUGAACACGCUGGAGAAGUUGAAGGUGGGAGUUCCCAUCGUGGAGCAGCAGGCACUGGUUAUUCAUCUGGGUAUCCCAGGACUUUUCCCCCUGCCAGCAUCGGCCGAAAUGCAUCAAACAGCUCAGAUAUUGUCUCGCAUUUAGCUGCAAAUGCCAGAGAUACUCCUGCACUGACUGCUGAGGCAAGAAACCAUGGCAGUAAAAGAGAGGGGCUUCAGUAUGCAUGUGAAGACUGUGGCCAGCGUUUUAAAGAUGCCCCAUCUAGGAACAGACACCAGACUUUGGUGCACUAUUCCACCGAGGGAAGGGAGGAAGAAGAGGAGGAGGAGGAGGAGGAGGGUGAGGCGGUAGCAGCAGAGGAAAGUGUGACGCACAACUGAGAGGCUCUCAGCAAAUGGUGGAGGAUUCAUUCACGUCCAUGGGGAUAUCGAAGCAGAGUAUAUUUUAAGUGUUGAAAUGAUUUGUAUGGAAUACAAUCUAUUACUCUGAAAUUUGGAUAAUCUGAUAUUGCACUAAUAUGUAGACUGAAAUGAAAAAAUAGUGUAUGUGUGUAUCUAUAUAUAUCUCUCAAAGCACAAACCCUUUUUAGUUCUUCAGUUUUUCAGCUUGUUUAUUGUGCCUUAUCCAACAGUUGUAUUUUCUUUGCUUUAUUUAAAUACAAAAUCACAAAAAGGCCCCAAAAAAUUAAAUUCCAGAAAUGAAAAAAAUGUUUGAACAAUUUCAGAUAUAAUGCAUCUAUACCACCUGACCAUGUAUAUAAAAGUCGUUGUAAUAGAGGAAAAUAUAAAUUUCUAUCUCAAAUACAAAUCUGUUUUGUAUUUUUACUCUUAAGGCCAUGUGUGGAAAACAUCAAUGUCAUUUAAGUUUAAAUAACUAUCUUUGCUUUGUUUCUUGUAAGAUUCAAGAUUUAAUGAGAACAAUACUAAAGUUUGUUUGAGGAGUUAUGAGUCUUGCUUGAGGACACUACAGCAGAUUUAGUCAUGAGGAAAUUAGUCCAUGUGAUGUCCUCAUUCUUGGUAAUGGGACAACUUUGCCUGUUAUGCCACUCUUUGUUAUAAUUUAAUCCAAACACUUAUCUGUUAACUUUAAAUGUUAAAAUGAAUGAACUUAAUCACAGGAAUACGAAGCAGCAGCCAAGUUCAUGCUGUAUUGUUAGAUGUUCAAACAGAGCCACCUAGUGGUUAUAUAAAAUCACAGCAACAUCUUUACCACUUUGUUACAGUGUACCAUUUUCUUGUGCAAAACACAUUGAAAUUGCACAUUGUGAAUACAAUGUUUUGUGAGUUCAAGUAACACUUUUUUGUAUUAACCUGUUAAAUAGACUGAAGCAUACGUUUCUGUAUGUGUUUUCUGAAAGUGCCGAUUGUGAUUACUUAAUACAUCAAUAAACAGUAUCUCUGAGACCCAA